CGAACCCCGCAUUACGUCAGUCGCCAGCAGUCAAGCGUGCCUCCAACUCUCUCUGUUGUGAAGGGGAGAACCAGCGACGAGUAGCAUAUCUUAUCGAAAGGCUACCGAGGAAUUCGAUGCAGCCACGGACCGAACUGCCAGUCUAUGUAAAGAACCCGGCGUUUUCAGCAGUGCACAUUCAAGGCAUUAGCUACAACCAUCGUUGCCGCUACCGUUGUGGAAUCUGCGGGAAUUCGACCCUCAAGUUGUUGUAAGUGAAUACUUCCCCCGCUUGUAUGCGAACCAAUACCUAACAGUGAUGCGUGUUAUGUCUGCCAGCACUCAACCUCGGAUGUCGUUGCGACACGUCAUACAGAGGGACGCGAUCAGAUAGAUACCAACAUGGUGUUCACCAUGAAAGAAGAAUUAGUGAUGGGGAUCUUGCUCCUGAGCGUCACCAUCGCCUGCGUUUCCUAUAUUGUCCUAAUGAACCUCCUCCUCAUCAUCGCAAUCUUUCAGGACGCCGAGGCAAGACGGAAGCUCUUCUUCAAGCUCAUCCUGUCCAUAGCUAUUGUACACUUCAUCCAAGGUGUCACUGUCAUCCCGCUCCACGUUGCCGCCAGAUUUGAUAUCGAACUGUUUAAAGACCUUCCAGAUGUUUGUAAAUACUGGCAUGUAACAGAGUUGUCCUUAGCAGUUAUUCUGGUCCUUCUCAUCUUUAUGCUGAUGUUUGAGAGAUUUCUAAGCUUAACGUCUCCAAUUGUUGUUGCCAAUACUUGCUUUGGUUGUCUGAUGUUGCUCUCUCCGUGGAUCUUGGGACCAGCGUUUACGCUACUUCUAUUCUACACAAGUAAUGAUUUGCAACAGUUAUUGGAUUUCUUGCAAGGAAACAGGAAGGACAGUUGCACGUUGGGAAUGUCAGAACAAUGGAUUUAUACAGUGUUCGGAUUCCUGCUACCAUCUGCGUUCGUAUUCGGGUUUUGUUGGGCGAACGUCGUGAUUAUGUGUAUGCUGAAGAGACGUUACAGUGACAGAUUCCUAGAAAACCCGAUGAGUCACACCACUGCAAGUACCCUGGUGGCCCUCUUCUUCAUUGCGAUGUGGUUACCAGUACAUUGCUCUCCCAUCAUGUCUUUUUUCAAUAGAGAAUCCUGCCCCGACCUGCUCAAGUACUGUGGGUUCGCAAAUGCUGCAAUAACGCCCUCUUUGUGGCUGAUUGUGCCAGCUGUUAAGAAAGGAUUCCACUGUAUAUGUUGCUGCGGUUGCCGAUCAUGCUGUGAGGAUUCUCAAAGACAGGCUGGAGUCGUCCACGCGUCUGCUGUUGAUGAAACCCAGAUCAGAAUGCUUGGACAAGAGCAGAUUCAGCCAUCGUUCACAACCAAAUUGUAACAUGAUGAAGUCAUAAAGGCCUAGCCUUCAACUAUAAUGUCUGCGGGAAUCGUUUAAGUGAUGAAUAUGUUUCGGAGCCAUGAGUCAACGAAUGGAUUACAACGAAUAGGCGCGGGGCAUAAACAAAAGCUCAUCUUAUAAUGCUGGACAUAAACCAAUUAUUCUACUGGAACGUCUUCGUGUGAAUCUGGAUUGUCAUCAAUAUCACCAUCAUCUAUUCCUUAUCAACUCGUCAUCAGCUGGUCAUCAUCUGGUCAUGUUAUAUCUUAACACAAACCACUUAUAUUGUAUGUACUUAGUGAUCAAUCAUCUGUGUGAAGGUUAAACAGGAACUUUUGCUGUGACUCCCGAACGUGAACCUGCAAUUUGUUGACCAUCAGCUUCAAACUGAACUGUGAAUACCGUACCUGGUCCUGUUGACCAUCAGUUAGAACUGAACUGUAAAUACCGUACCUGUUCAUGUUGACCAUCAGUUAGAACUGAACUGUGAAUACCGUACCUGUUCAUGUUGACCAUCAGUUAGAACUGAACUGUGAAUAUCGUACCUGUUCAUGUUGACCAUCAGUUAGAACUGAACUGUGAAUACCGAACGUGAACUUGCUGUUGCUUUGACCAUCAGCGAAAACAACUUUGAAUACAGAGCGUGACCUCAUUCCGACAACAGCUAUAACUGAACUGUGAAUACUUAACGUGACCUUGCUGACACUCAGCUUGAAUUAAACUGUGAAAACCGAACGUAAACCUGUUGACCAUCAGCUUUAGUUGAAUUGUAAAUAUUGAACGUGGACUGAACUGUGAAUAACCAACGUGAACUUGCAGUUAGCUGAUCAUCAGCUAAAAUGAAACUGAAUACUGAACGUGAUCAUCAGCUAUGACUGAACUGUGAAUAAUCAACAUAAACUUGUUGACCAUCAGCUGUACAGAACUGUGAAUAGCGAACGUGAACUUGUUGACCAUCAGCUAUAACUGAACUGUGAAUAAUCAACGAAAACUUGUUGACAGUCGUCUAUAACUUAACUGUGAGUACCGAACGUGAACUUGUUGACAAUCAGCUAGUACUGAACUGUGAAUACCGAAUGUGAACUUGUUCGAACAACAGUCAUAACUGACUGACAAUCAGCUGGAACUGAACUGUCAAUACUGAACGCGAACUUGUUCGACCAUUGUACCGAGCAUACAUGAUCUUGUAAGGUCACGUGCCAUAAAUAGACUGUGAAUAGGUUAAGAACUUGUCAUGAACUAGUUCAACUGUGUGUGUGCCAUCGCAUCGGUUGUAACGGAACAGUGAUAUACUGAACAUGAACUUCCAGACCAACAGCCAUACCUGAACAAGGAAAUAUUGAUCAUGAACUUGCCAUGCCAUCAGCCAUAUCUGAAAUAGGAAUUAGUGGUCCUGAACCGUUCAAGCCAUCAGCCAUAACUGUACUGUGAAUACUGAACAUGAAAUCGCCAAGUCAUCAACUUACAGUGAAACGUGGAACAUGAAGCUUCAUCAUCAGUAUUAGUAUGCUGUAAUGUGAAUGCCACAUUGAAUACCUUCCCUGAACAGCACUGAAAUGCACUGUUAAUAUGAAAAUGCAACAACAUUGUUGUGUAACUGUAACACGACGCGAAUUCAGUAAGGUUUCCUUACGCGGUCAUUUUGACCCCUUGGUUUACUUUAAGAUAGAAUACCUUGACUGCCCUUAAACACCUGUAAUGUUCUUAUCCUAUGAUGUGCACAUCUAUGUAUAUACACAUGUAUCUACGCGUAGCAGUUUAACAGGGAUCGCUGUCAUUUUGUUCGAUCUCUUCGAUUGUUUUUAACCUUAACCACCGCGUUCCACAAAGCAACCAUAGCACUAAGCCUGUCGUAAAACCCUUACUUUAACAUAGAUUAAUGGUGACACAAAGAUACUUUGUUGAAUCGUGAAAGGAGCGCUAUCGGAAUGGCUUCCCCUCCUCGCCAGCGUAAAAGUGGAAACAACCCAGAAGAGUCCAUUUGUCCAACAACCAUCCUUCUGACUUGUGGCCCAUGGUCCAUUCGCCCACCAGCCAUCCUUCUGACAUGGAGACCAUGGUCCAUUUGCCCAACAGUAAUAUGAGGGCCAUGGUCCAUUUGCCCAACAACCACCCUUCUGACAUGUGGCCCAUGGUCCAUUCGCCCAAGAGCCAUCCUUCUGACAUGUGGCCCAUGGUCCAUCGCCCAACAGCCAACCUUCUUACAGGCGGUCCAUGUGGAGGAACCACGCAGCUGGGUUUGGAUGAAUGUGUGGGUGGAUGUUUUCAUGCACAGCUUAGCACUUUCAACAUUAUGUGAUAAAUAUGACAUGUAUACUCAUUUUGGGGUUUUCCCAAGUUUCAAGCGUUUUAAACUAUUUCCGUGUAGUGCAAUGCAGUUACCUGUCCGUGGGUGAUGUGUUGAUGUUGAUAUUUAUUGGUUGACGCAUUGGGCUAAUGUGACAUAUCAACUCGGCCAUGGCGCUGACCAAUAGAUACUGAUACAUUUACUGUGAUCGCUGAGAUAGUUGGUCAGAAGGACAAGCACAAGGUGGUUAAUAACGUAUCCCUCGCUGGCUCAAUUCAUUGUAGAGGGCAUAUACAUUUUCCUGAUUCGUUUAUGAAAUAAAAACAAUUGAAUAAAA